AUGACUACCCCAAGUACCGCUUACGAUGAGGACCAAAAGGUCGAGGCCAAGGUCGACAUUCAGGACGUCGACGACUCUGCUGAAGGUGACCUCGCACACACCCCACGGACCAAGCGCCCUCUUGGUGUGCGGCUCAAAGAGUUUGGCGCGUCAUUGAAAUCCAAGGAAGCCUGGUUUGCAGACUACGACUACGGAGCACUGUUCAUUCCCAACAUCCCGGGGCUGUUCAAGAAGCGCGAGCUUCCCUUCUACGGGCCAAACGACAAGCUGCCGUACCUCCUCAUCAUCAUUCUCGGUCUUCAACACGCUCUCGCCAUGGUUGGCGGUCUUGUCGUCCCUCCAUUGCUGCUUGGUGGUGUCACCGGCGCCAACCUCCCUACCGAAGUCCAGCAGUACUUGAUCUCGGCUUCUCUCAUUUGGUGCUCGGUCGGAACAGUCAUCCAGAUUCAGCGCACACGUCUUUUCGGCACUCGUUACUACAUCGGCACUGGUAUUGUCUCUGUCACCGGCACUUCGUUCGCAUUCGCCAACGUCGCCCUCAAGUAUCUCCAGCAGUCGUACCAGAACGGGACUUGCCAAACGCUUCCCGAUGGCACAAAGCUCCCAUGCGAGUCCGAGUUUGGUGCCAUUCUCGGCACAACGGUCGCCACCGGUGCAUUUGCUAUCGCCCUUGCCUUUGUGCCUCCCCGCAUUAUCCGCAAGCUCUUCCCGCCCCUCAUCUGCGGUCUCAUGCUUACCCUCAUCGGCGGUGUCCUCAUCACUUCGGGUGUGACCAACUGGGCUGGUGGCGCUGGCCCUUGCCGCACCAACCACGACAUCAACUGCGUUGCUGGUAGCCAGGCUCACAGGUGGGGUUCCGCCCAGUUCCUCGGACUCGGUCUUUCGUGCUUUGUCGUCAUCAUCAUCUGCGAGGUCUUCGGGUCCGCGUUCAUGAAGUCGGCUGCCGUCUUCCUCGGUCUCAUUGUUGGUCUCGCCAUCGCUGCUGGUACCGGCUACUUCAACAGCAAGGUUAUUAAGGAAGCACCUGGCGGCACUUUCCUCUUCGUCCACCGCUUCCCCCUGGCUGUUCGUGGCCAGCUUGUCCUUCCCAUGAUUGCCGCUUGGUGCAUCAUCAUCGUCGAGUGCAUCGGUAACAUCACCGCGUCGUGCGAUGUCUCGGGUCUCGAGAUUGAGGGCGAGCGCUUCAUGUCGCGCAUCCAGGGCGGUAUUCUUUCCGACUCCAUCACCGCCACUAUCGCUGGUCUCGUGACCGUCCCCGCCCUCACCACCUUUGCGCAGAACGCUGGUGUCAUUGCUCUCACUCGCAAUGCCUCGCGUUCAUCCGGUUACGCUUGCGCCUUCUUCCUACUCCUUAUGGGAAUCAUCGGCAAGUUUGGUGCAAUCUUCGUUGCCGCUCCCCCCGCCGUCAUUGGUGGUUUCACAACUUUCCUCUUCGGCGCCGUCACCACGUCUGGUCUACGUGUCAUGGCCUACGCCAAGUGGACUCGUCGCGACCGUUUCGUCGUUUCCGUCUCGGCUGCCCUGGGCUUCUCGUCCCUUUGCGUUCCCGACUGGUUUGGUUACAUCUUCACGUACAAGGGCGACAACACUGGCCUCAAGGGUUUCAUCCAGGCCAUCACCCUCAUCGUCCAGGAGCCGUACCUCAUCGCUGCAGUCCUUGGCGUCUUCCUCAACGUUGUCCUCCCAGGGGAGAGCGAGGAAGAGGAGGUUGACAACACCCACUAA